UAAUCAAAUAUUUAUAAAUAAUGACAAAACACACGCAAGUGCAGAGUGUGUACACACACACACACACACACCUAUUGUGCAAGACUAUUGCCAAAUUAAAGCCCACAGCCAGACUGCAGACGGUUCAAAUUGCUCUUGAAAUAAAUCUGUAAUAAUAAACAAUAAAAACAACCAUUACCCAACAGACUGCAUGUGUGUGUGUGUGUGUAAGAUCAUGUUUAGGAUUCUGUUGUUAAGGAGAAUCUCCGGCCUGCGCAGAAACUCGCGUUGGAAUCUGCCGCGUCCAAAACCAGAGCAGCAACAGCAAAGGCAACAGCGGCGUUAAAAAUAACACGGCCAUGUAAACACACCCGCGUCCAACCAGGCCCUGUGUGUGUGUGUGUGUGUGUGUGCGUGCGCGCGCUGCUGGAAUUGGAACCCGGGGAUGUCGGUGACGACAGCCGCUCACAUGGGUGUCAUAAAUCUGCUGUUAUGACACACCGGCCUGAGUGACGCCGACGUCAAAAUAGAAAAAAAAGAAGAGCUAUAAAGUUUCCCCGCUUCAGCCUCGCCUUCAUUCAGUAAGCGUCUGGUGUGAGAGAGAGACAGAGAAAGAGACAGGGACAGAGAGAGACAGAGAGAGACAGAGAGUAAUGAGCAGGCUCUUGAGGGUAAGAUAAUGUAAAAUUUCAGCUCAGAGGGACUUUAUAGAGAGGACGGAAAAGAAGACAAGGAGACGUUUCACGCGUACAGGACUUGAUUUGUGUCUGAUUGACGCGGCUGCUCCGCUCACAGACGAAUCAGAGUCUAACCUCCUGUUCUAGUCUUCAGCUGAACUUAACACUAGUGAUACACACACACACACACACACACACACACACAAAAAAGAGUGCAUGAUGGCUGCCCUGGACCUGCACCGUGGUGUGGAUCCCGGAGUGUGUAUGUGGAGCGGAGAGUGUGUCGACUCCUUCGACUCCUUCGACUCGGAGAUGCAGCAGUGGGAGGAGCAACUGCAGGACGUACAGAGGAAGAUAGAAGAGUUAUAUAAGAUGGUAGAAGCCCGCAGAAGAGCCAAUGAGAUGAACCCAAACUCUGCCGCUCAGCUGGACAUCACGUUACUUCCCGUUAACAGCGCCAGUGGUUACCCUAACAACGGUUACCAUGGUCACAACGUCAACAACAUCCCAGCGCAACACAAUGACCCGUACAGUUAUGGGGUUAAUUAUCAGAAGAGUGGCUCUGCUGGUCCUCAGAGUUACGGGUUUAACAGUCAGGAUGUGAUGCUGGACAUUCUGGACGGAUAUCUAGGGGUGGAAAGUCAGAGUCCGAGCCAAAGCAGAGACAAACCACAUGGAGCUCCGAAUACGAGCUCCAUCGGGAAUCAGAGUGUGUACAGUUACCAGAACAGAAGUGAUCCGUGGCCAGUGACCGGAAGGACUGGCUGUGUGUCUCUGGGGGAAUUUGAGGAAGUGCAGAAUAAUAAGAAUACAGCCUUGGCUUGGGACGAACAAUGCUCAGCCCGAGCUCGACAUGUCAGCUGGAAAGACCAGGUCACCUCCCCUGGGAAAUCCGUCAAUAAACCAACAAUGAAGCAGAGAGACAGCCCCCAGGUCCUCACUCACCCUGCACACUUUUCUGAUUUGCCAAAGUGCCCUCUGAUGGACCGGAGGUGCGCCAGUCCGUCUGUCCUGCGGAAAUUUUGUGCCAUGUUGCAAGAAAAUGAAGGGAAAACACUUAUUGAGGAUGGAAUUGUAACCACACUGGUGCCCAAAAUGGUGCCCAGGUCCCCGAAGCUUGGUGGACCCCGGAUGUUCAAGAAUUUGCCCAUCAAGGACCCUGAAGUGCCUGUAGCCCUACAGAACUGGGACCAGAGAGGUGCGAAAGUGGGUGUAAAGACUUCCCAGUGGGCUACAGACAAUCCACAGUCUGACUUUAGAAUGGUAGAGAGGAGCCUGGGUAACUGCUCUACACCUUCACCCAGGAACACACCAUCACCACACCAGGCGAGCCAUGACUCACCCCCCACUACACGCAGGAGGAGCUUCUCUCGUCCGUCUCGUCCAGCCAAUCAGCGGCCUCCAUCCAGGUGGGCAAGUCCUGCCCCUACAGCUACAGUAACCACGUCCAUUGCUCCCAGAUCCCGCUCCCUUAGUCCGGCCUGUAAACCAAAGCAGAGGUUCAGUAACUACACUUUGUAUGCAGAAACUGUGAUCAUGUGAGCAGGAGGGAUGAGCACCAGUAAAAGCUUCACACCUUUGGCCUUUUGGAAUCUUUUCAUCUUUUUUUUGUGCAUCUUUCUACACUUCACUUAAUCUUAGAGUUCUUUGUAUAUAUGCACGCCUUGUAUGAAGAACUUGAAUUUAAGAAAAAUGAAAUUGUAAAGAGCUGGAAUCUUCCUCUUAACCCAUGAUGAGAAUUAUGUAUAAAAUUGCUGUUGUAAAUAUGAAACGUUUGGAGUUAUACAUUGUGGCCUGAUGCUCUUUUGUGCCUAUAAACUUCCCUCUGUUUGGAUUCAUU